AUGACUGCCUGUGCCGCCUGCACGAUGACAUCGGAUACCGAUGAAGGAAUGGUUGGUUGCGAUGGGUGCAAUAACUGGUACCACUACCGGUGUGUUGGCGUGGACGAAUUGGACAUCCGCAAGCAGGAAAACUGGUUCUGCCCAACGGAAGCUUGCCAGAAAGCGGAGGAAGCACUGGCAAAGAAGUUGGAAGAGAACCGAAAGAAAGGAUCUAGAGGUAAGAAGGCUCUGGGGGUGGAUGAUGCGUCUGAUAAGUCUAGUGCCAAGUCGGAUCGACAAUCCGGCUCGUCAUUCGAGAAGAAGCUGAAGGCGCUGGAAAAGGAGCAACGGGCAAAGGAAAGAGAGAUUGAAGAGGAACGCCAACUCUGGGAGAAGCGGAUGGCAAUGGAAAAGAUCCUGAAGGAGAAAAGGCUGCGUAUGGAAACCGAAAUGCGGCAGCGAGAAAUGAAACAGGAAGAAGAACUGUUGGAAAAGGCGUUACGAGAGCAGCAACAGCACUUGGACCGAAUGGAACGCAUGCGAAAAAGUUACCAGGAGAAGAUGUCAGAAGUGCAGGAGAAACUGGAUACUUCCGGUUUGAGAAACAAAUGGCUGGAGAAGAAGCAGGGGUUUGUAGAGCGCAUGGGAUCACUCUCGCUGCAGGAGCAAGCAGGAGGAUCAAAGGGAAGACGAAGUGAGAAGAACGUUAAGAUGCCUGAUCCGGAAGACCAAGAAGAAGAAGAGAGCGAAGAAGAGAUUUCGGAAGAGGAGAGCGAGGAUCAAAGCAGCAGUGAAGAAGACGAAGAUUGUGGAAGUGAGGAGUCCGAAGAUGAGAACGCGAUAAAAAAGAAGCACAAGAAACGAAUUAGCAAGAAGUUAGUAUCCCACGGGCUGGGGCGGCAUUCAGCUGGGCCUACAAAAGCACAAUUAGCGGCGCGGAACGGGUUAUCUAGGAAGCUUCCCAUAUUUUCCGGGAAGCCUGAAGAGUGGCCUCUUUUCAUAGGUAGCUACGAAGCAUCAAACGAGGCGUGUGGGUACAAUGACGUCGAGAACCUCGUACGGCUACAAGAAUGCCUUAAAGGAUCGGCUUUAGAAAGUGUUCGUGGACAGUUGUUGCUGCCGAAAUCGGUGCCGAAAGUGAUUGAGAAACUGCGUCAACUCUACGGACGUCCUGAACAACUUUUACAAUUUCACCUGGAAAAGGUUAAUCGGUUGGACUCCCCAAAAGCCGAUAGAUUGGAGACAUUUAUCCCUUUCGGAAAUGCGGUGGAGCAGCUUUGUGACCACCUAGAAGCUGCUGACUUGAAGCAACAUCUUAUCAAUCCAUUGCUGCUUCAGAAUCUGUUGGACAAACUGCCGUCACCAGAUAAGAGGGAGUGGGUUCGGUACAAAAGCAGCAAGAAGAAGGUGAAUUUGAGAACCUUUUCCGAUUUCCUAUCGCGAAUUGUGUCGGAGGCUUGCGAAGCAAAUGCAUGUGGUGCAGUACAAAGGAACGAUGGCCGAACAGUGAAGUCCGGCAGAGGAGGAAUGAGGGAACAUGGCGCAGUCUACGUCCAUAGCACGUCCGUCAACCCAAGUGGCAGCACUCCCCUUGGGAAUCCUCCAACCGGAAGUGUAAAGCCCUGCAGAGUUUGCAAGCGAACGGAUCAUCGGUUACGGUUCUGCCAAGACUUUAAAGCACUAUCUUUCAGUGACCGAAUGAAAGUUGUCGAGAAAGGUAAACUUUGCCAAGUUUGUCUAAACGAUCAUGGAAAUGCACCGUGUAAAUUCAAAAUUCGUUGUAAUGUCGUAGAAUGCGGAGAACGUCAUCAUCCUCUUCUACAUCCGUUUGAAUCAAGAAUUGUCAUGAACACUCACUUCCAUGUCCAAGGUGCUAUACUGUUCCGGAUGGUACCUGUUACAUUGCACUGCGGCAAUCGCAUGGUGAGCACUUUGGCGUUCUUGGACGAAGGAGCGUCAAUUACUUUGGUGGAGCGUUCGUUAACCGAUAGAUUAGGUGCAGUAGGAGUUCACGAACCGCUUACGAUCACCUGGACAGCAGACGUUACAAGAGACGAAAGAAGCUCAACGAAAAUGAACCUGUGGGUAUCCGGAAGUGAUGGGAAAAUUCUGCUGAAGGCAGUACAGACAGUAAAGCAAUUGUUAUUGCCAAAGCAGUGUGUAGACGCGACAGCAAUGAAGGCAGCAUACAGGUAUCUACGCGAUGUCCCAUUUUCAUCCUUUUCAAGUCAGCGGCCGGGUAUGCUAAUUGGACUUAACAACCUACACGCUAUCACGCCAAUGGAAACGAAACUUGGCCAGCCUGGAGAGCCUAUCGCUGUAAAAUCGAAACUCGGUUGGGCAGUAUACGGACCGACAAAAAAUCCACAGCAAGGACGGAAUUUUGUCGGAUAUCAUCACGAAGUUUCAAAUGAAGAGCUGCAUAAUCUUCUGAGGGAGCAGUACGCACUAGAAGAGUCCGUAGUGGCCGUACCACAGGAGUCAAAGGAAGAAAAACGAGCUCGUGAAAUCAUGGAGCGGACAACAGUUCGUGUGGGCGAUCGGUUUGAGAUUGGUAUGCUUUGGAAAAGUGACGAACCGAAGUUUCCAAACAGUUAUCCCAUGGCGGUGCGCCGCAUGAAGCAGCUGGAGCAACGUUUAAGGAAGACACCAGACUUGUUCGACAACGUACGCAUGCAGAUCGUAGAAUACCAGCAAAAAGGGUAUGCGCAUCAGGCAACGCCACAAGAAUUAGCGAGAUUUGACCCGAGUUCAUCGUGGUUUCUCCCUAUUAACUUCGUGUUGAACCCGAAAAAGCCAGGGAAAGUGCGAUUGGUAUGGGAUGCAGCGGCAACAGUGGACGGCGUUUCACUCAAUUCCCAGCUGCUGACAGGCCCGGAUUUGCUCACCCCGUUACCAAGCGUUAUCUAUCGUUUCCGAGAACGACCAAUUGGAUUUGGAGGCGAUAUUAAGGAAAUGUAUCACCAGCUAUUAAUCCGAGAAGCCGAUAAAUGCGUUCAACUGUUCUUGUUCCGAAAUUCACCGGACGCGCCUCCUAGCGUAUAUGUUGUGGACGUCGCUACGUUUGGAUCAAAAUGCUCUCCGAGUCAAGCACAGUAUGUAAAAACCGUAAUGCAAGGGAGUAUUCGGAACAGUUUCCAGAGGCCGCAGUUGCAAUAG